GAGAGACGGAGAGAGAGAGAGAGAGAGAGAGAGAUGGGCGCUGGAGUGAUCCUGGGGAAAUCAGGAGGCAGUCGGAGCUGAGAGGGAGCGGAGACAGGGGCAGAGAGACGGGAUUUGUCGGUGAUUUGCGGUAUCUUUUGGGAUUCGGCCCAACGCAGAGCUGCAUGUGUGAGCGUACACUCAGCGAUGGAACCCUGGCCGGUCGUGGCCUGGUUCUUAAUGCUGACUUUCAUCGCUGACUGGCUCAAGACUGUGCGGUCAAGAGACUUUACGAAAAAGGACAUUAUCUUCCUUCAUCCUUCUACUACUCCAUAUCCAGGAGGAUUUAAGUGUUUUACGUGUGAAAACGCAGUUGACAAUUAUGAGUGUAAUCGCUGGGCUCUGGAUCUGUACUGCCCGAAAGAGACGAAAUAUUGUUAUACACAUCAUAAGCUGGACUGGAGCGGAAACACGGUGUCCGUAACUAAACGCUGUGUCUCACUGGAGGACUGUCUCACUACAGGCUGCACUGACAUGGACCCUGAGGGAUUUAGGGUGUGUGUUUCCUGUUGUGAGGGAAACAUCUGUAACAUGCCCCUACCUCGAAAUGAAACGGACGCCAUCUUCGCCACCACGUCACCCCUGAACGGCAGCGAUCGUGCAGCUCUGGGUCACACGCUGCUUCUUUCCUUCAUCCUCAUCCUCUUCUUCAGUCAUGGCUGAUACUUUCAUGUGCACCGCUUCUUAACGCAAGACUAGCGCAUCUGGAUCUAAACUUCAGAUAUAACAAUAAGACAACUGUUCAGUUGCUGUAAAGUCACACACUCGUGAUUGAUGAUGUGGCAGCAUGGAUAAGUGUUGGGCGUCAUGGAGAUCCUCAAGGAAUAUAUAAGCACUAGUCAUUUAACUAAAAGCUUCAAUGCAUGUUAUGUUACUGAUAACAAAUCAUAAUGGGUUCUUUUCAAGCUGAAAAAGAACAUGAGGUUAAGAAACAGUCGAACGAACAGCGGUUUAUGCAUUAACACUAGCAAUUAAAAAAAAAAACACUGUGGCUGGAUCGAUUUUUACGAUCAAACUUCUGCAAAUUAAGUGUAAUGUUUGCAUUUAUUUUUCAUUGUUUUAUCAGCUGUUCAACUGCUUUCUUUUACUUCAUGUGUAUCAUGUGUGUGUAUAUAUAAGAAAUCAUUUUUGUAUUAAAGUAAACUUUUUAGAAGGACAUCCCUCAUUCUAAAAAUAAAGCUCAGGCUUCAUGAACAUCCUAAUCCAUAGACCUUCACCUUUGAUCACUUUAAAGAUGUGGAGGAAAGCGGAAAAGUAUCCUGAGAUCGCAUUUUUUUACGGUUUAAUGGAAACCAAACAUUUUGUGCCAUGAAUUAUAAUUUUUAGACACGUAUUUAUUUAUUUCUUGUGUACAUUUAUGGCAGGAUGGAAGGAAAGUAUAUAGAAUAUACACUAUACACACACAUAUAAAUAUAAUAUAUACACUAAAGCACAAUAUAUACAGUAUAUAGAGGAUUACAGCAGUGGUUUGAAAAGAGAUGUGUAGUGCAUGGUAUGUUAAAAAAAAAAAAAAAAAGAAACCCACAAACGUUUUUUGAUCAGUGAUCAUUUAAAACCUUAGUGAUCUGCAGUUAUUUAUCAUUUUGCUCUCACGUGAUUUUUUUUUUUUAAUUCUAAAGCACUUACUACUUGUACAGAUGCAUGUGUACGACACGAGAUACGCAUCCACAACUGUAUAGUCUUUGUGCCGAUUUUUUUUUUAACUGUUUGUUAAGCCACUGGUGGCUCAUGUGGUGUAAAUAUGGUGUCUGUAUGCGGACCUUUUACCUUUUGUGUCUGGCAAUUUUUUUUUAUUUUUUAUCCAUGUUAGACAUUAUUCUCCUGAAGGCUAUUAAUGAUACUGUGACAUGCUACUACAGUAGUUCAACGCUUUGUCUGUGAAGUAGUCAUUUAAAAAAAAAAAAAAAAAAAACCUUGCAGUGUUUGCAACUUCCAGUGUUAGUGUUAUAAUUCCUUGUGAAUUUGUUUAACUGCCCAGGACUGGAAAGAAUUGAUUUCCUUUCAGAAUAUAGAGGCCAAGCUUGAAGUGCUUUUUUUCUUCUUUUUCUUUUCUCCAUAAACAGCAAUCAAAAAGGCAUUCUAACAGAAGGGCUAACUCAAUCCCGCGUGUCUCCAGUGUCGCUCAGGUACCGUAGAAGAAGACCGUGCUAGUUCCACAUGAGUGUGCCUAACAGAAAAACACUCCAGGACCCAAAUAUUGUGCAUGAAAUAUUGUCACAUUCUAUGUGCUAGGUUAUAUGCCAAGUUUGUAACUUAAAAAAAAAUAAA